AUGAAGUUCGGUCUAUAUUUAUCGAAAAAUCGAACACCUGAAUGGUAUUCUCAAUAUAUCGAAUAUGAUGAAAUGAAACGAAUGCUUACCGAAUCGGUUGCUGAAGCCGAACGAUUGAUCGACAUCAAUGAUAGAUCGGCACGUGAGCAAUUUUUUGUUCUUGCCGAUGAACAGUUUUUUCAGUUCUGCAAGAAAGAAGCAUCGAAAAUCAAUAAUUUCUUUGCUGAAAAACUUGCCGAAGCACUGCGACUAUUUGAACCUCUUAAAAAUGAACUCAAGAAUAGUGAACAAAGUCGUCGAUCUCGACAGAACAUGAAUUCAACUGUGUUAGACCUGGAUGGUCCAGAAGGCAACCAUGACGAAAGAGAUAAUGGCAUGCUUCUUGCUGAUUCAUCUUCACGAAACACCUUUCGAUCAUGGCUAGCGCGAACAAAACUUCAUAAACCUGUCGAAACGAUACGAAAAGUUCGCAUGAAGCGAACACGACAUCUUAACAUCAAUAAUCUCAAAUUAGCAUUUAGUGAAUUCUAUUUGAUGUUGGUCCUCUUGAAAAAUUAUCAAACACUCAAUUCGACUGGCUUUCGUAAAAUUUUGAAAAAGCACGAUAAACUAUUUCAAACGACGCGCGGUGAUGAAUGGCGGAAAGUGCACAUCGACACGAUACCAUUUCACACAUCGAAUCGAAUCGACGAGCUGAUGACUGAAGUCGAAAACCUCUAUACUGAUACAUUGGAAUCUGGAGAUCGAACAAAAGCUAUGCAACGUCUCCGUGUUCCGCCUCUCGAAGAAAGACAGUCGCCUUUAGUGACAUUUCGUGUUGGAAUGUUUGUCGGCAUGUUGUGUCUUCUCAUUCCGAUGAUAUUUAUUCUUAUUUCUCGACGAUUUAUCUGGAAUUAUUUUCGUUUGGAAAACGAACAUUUGAAUAAUUGUGGCGAGUUUCGUGCUGUUCGCGAUAUUCCCAUUCAAAUGACAGUGGCAGUGGCCAGUGGAUAUGCGGCACGUUUAGAGAGUAUUGGGUCGAUAUCGAAUCUUGAAGAUGAACGCAACGCAAUACGACGUCAAUCCACGAUCAGCGGAGAGCAAAUAACAGGAACGGACAGAAGCCGAAAAUUAACAGUUUUAAAUGAAGCAUUUGAUGCUGAGGCCACCCUUUCGACAAGUUUAACGACAGAAACAAAUAGAAAUCAAGCAAGGAACGUUUCAUAUAAUCUAGAAUCGUCUUCAAACACUGCAUCAAGUUCUAAUUCUCUGGCGGUGGCCAAUCCGUAUUAUACUCGAACACAACCUACCUAG